GAGCAGUAGUGCAGGAUCUGGUGGGAUAAGUGAUGGUGGUUCUUUGGAGCGAACAGUGACCAACAGAACCAAAAAUGCUGCAGCAGAAGCCAACAAGGAAUCAAGAGUAGAUGCUACACGGAUUGAUGCCAAUGAUAUCAUUAAUAAGCUGUUUGAAGAUACAAACAUUGAAUCACUUAAACCCGACGAUUCUGCAGAAACUUCAGGUCUACAAUUAUAUAUUGGUCGUGAUGGGACGGCAGCUUUGGGUGGAAGAAGUCUCAAUUCAGGAGGAGAGUUCAAACCUGUGGUGUUUGAUAAGAGAUAGCAGCAGCCAUAAUGUGAGGGACAUAAACCUCCACACAUCAGAUUUUGGCAUCAAUUCUGAAACCACAUAAUAAUGUAAAUCAAUAUUGUAACUAGUCUCUGACAAUAAAUUCCAAAAGAUAAAUGUAUGGUCACUUCAUUGAAAUACUAACGUGUGCCAUUAUAAGUGGUUACUGACUUACAGCUGUGGUUUCAGAAUUGGCUCCUUACAAGGCUGCCAGUACCAUAGAAAUGAUUUGUAGCUAGCAUGCUUCCAAACAAAACUGCUGUUAUCAUGUGACUGUAAGACUUGUUUUGGAAAUAAGAUGUAUGAUGUCACUAAGUAACAUAGGUGUGCAUAGAAAAAACAGUUUAUUACAAUGUUUAACUACAGUAAUUUUUAUUAUUUUUUUUCUUUUAUAUAUGUACUACAGUGAAGUAAAAACAUGAUUAUCAGCCCAGUUAUCUUGAAAUGUUAAAGUAAUUAAUUUGAAUUAUAGGUGAUGUUCUUUCAUGAAAUUCUCAGAAUUAUAUCUAAUCAUAACAGUUGUAGGUAAUUUUGAAUGUACUCAGUUGGAUAAUGGAGAGCCAUAUUAUUUCACAAUAUUUUGGUGGAUUAUUUUGGCUUGAAGCUGUGAUAUGUAACUGACUUACAGGUUGGUUGGGUAGAGUGCCCAGGAGCACUGGUUUAAACCAAGUUAAGGCUUUAGGGGAAUAAGAUCAUAAAUUAAGCAUGACUAAGACCAACAAAUACACAUGAAAUAUAAACAUUAGUUUAAUAAAGAGUGUCUUGAAGAGCCAUUUGGAUUUAACAUAAAUCCAAAAUGAGGUAACAUUUUCUUCAUCCUUCAUAACAUAAAAUCUGUAUGAUUUCUCUGCAUUUUAGGUAUCUGUGCCUGUGAAUAUUGUAAACCUUGUUAAAAUCU